AUGUUGCACUUCGAAGGUCAACUAGGAUCGUCUGCCGACAAGACUGGUGGAAGUGACAAUGAUAGCGUCGUAGCUGAAGCAAGCCAACGGCCCCCGAAAGUUCUAUCCGCCAAGUGUAGAAGAGGACAUGUUUUUCUAGCCACAGCCUCUGUUUUUGUUAUCGACAACCAUGGCGAGCUUAGAAAAUGUCGAGUUGUUUUAGACAGUGGUUUGCAAAUCAACUUUAUAUCAUCAAAAUUUGCAAAUCAGUUACAACUUUCUCGUCAGAAAACAAUAUUGCCGGUAAGUGGUAUAGGAGCAAGUCAAGUCCAGUCAGUCUCCAGUAUCACGCUCAAGUUAAAAUCUCGAGUGAAACUGUUUGAAGCUGAGUUAAUCUGUCACGUGUUGCCAACAAUUAUAGAUUAUCUGCCCUGUUGUCCAAGACCACCAACUGGAUGGAACAUACCAGAGGAGCUACUCCAGGUAGGGACAGCUUACCUCCAGGACACAAGGUUGGGGUGGGUGGUGACAGGAGAAGUUAACGCCACUUGCUUGUUAUCGGCAAGGACCUUUGGUGAGAUUUGUGACGAUGAAUUUAGAGCAUUGUGCAGCACUGACUCAACAGGGUACGGAUCUGAAUCUAAAACAAAUAUAAGGGUCUUAGAAGAGAAUAAGGCAUUGCAUUAUUUCAAAGAAACCGUCAAGUGGGACGAGACGGGUAGAUUUAUAUUGCGUCUUCCCUUUAAGCCAGAGGUGCAUGAGCUUGGAGGCACUUUAGAAAUGGCCAGGUCAAAAUUUUUAAGUGUCGAGCGAAGAUUAUUGAGAGACGAUGGGUUGAAACUGCAAUAUGAAGCUAUAGCAGAUAGAGUGGGAUAA